CGACACAGUGGAAAUGACGUCAAUAAGUAAAUAGAACGGCUGCUGUUGGGACAGGUGAACAAACUGUGUUUCCUACAGAAUUAAAACAUUCUGUAAACAUUUUGCCAUGUACGCGUAGGAAGAAACACCGAUUUGUGCUUGAGGAACAGCUGUCCAUUCUGUAGAGGUAUUUACAAGGACAGGUGUGAGACUUAUGUUCACAGACAUGGAUUUUGAAUUAGAAGAGGAUAAAUUAGGGAUACCAACAGUACCUGGGACUGUCUGUCUGAAAAAAGAUGCAAAUAACCUUAUUGGGAUCAGCAUUGGUGGUGGGGCACAAUACUGCCCCUGUCUCUAUAUUGUUCAGGUGUUUGACAACACACCAGCAGCUCUCGAAGGGAUGCUUGCAGCAGGUGAUGAAAUCACUGGUGUCAAUGGCAAACCAGUAAAGGGAAAGACAAAAGUGGAAGUGGCCAAGAUGAUUCAAGCUGUACAGGGUGAAGCAAUUAUCCACUACAACAAAUUGCAAGCAGACCCAAAACAGGGAAAGUCUCUGGAUAUAGUUCUGAAAAAAGUCAAACAUCGACUCGUGGAAAAUAUGAGCUCCGGCACUGCAGACGCUCUCGGGCUUAGUCGAGCUAUCCUAUGCAACGAUGGACUUGUUAAAAGACUGGAAGAACUAGAGAAAACAGCAGAGCUUUAUAAAGGCUUGAUGGAGCACACCAAGCGACUGCUCAGAGCCUUCUUUGAGCUUUCGCAAACCCACAGAGGAUUCGGAGACGUUUUUUCUGUCAUCGGAGUGCGAGAGCCCCAAGCCGCAGCGAGCGAAGCUUUUGUGAAGUUUGCGGAUGCUCACCGCAGCAUUGAGAAGUACGGCAUUCAGUUACUAAAGACCAUCAAGCCUAUGCUCCACGAUUUGAACACUUACCUUCACAAGGCCAUACCAGACACAAAGCUCACCAUUCGCAAAUACCUCGAUGUGAAAUUUGAGUAUUUGUCAUACUGUUUAAAGGUGAAGGAAAUGGAUGAUGAAGAAUACAGCAGCAUUGCUAUGGGAGAACCUCUGUAUCGGGUAUGCACCGGCAACUACGAGUACCGUUUGGUGCUGCGGUGUCGACAGGAAGCGCGUGCCAGAUUCGCGAAGAUGAGGAAAGAUGUACUGGAGAAGAUAGAACUUCUAGAUCAGAAACAUGUCCAGGACAUCGUUUUCCAGCUUCAGCGCUUCGUGUCAGGCAUGUCCCGUUACUACGACGAGUGUUACGCUGUGCUCAAAGAGGCUGACGUGUUUCCUAUCGAGGUAGACCUCUCCCGCACCACCAUUAACUACAGCAGCCCGUCUUUUACUUACACCGAUGAGGAAGAGGCGGAGGAUUGUGUGGGAGGAGCCGAUGAAGGAGGAACGUGCGAGGGCAUCCAGGCGGAGAACGGAAGUUUUGUACACGCUGGGAAAAGAUAUUGGCUGUACACAUGAUGAAGAUGAAAACUCUACUUGUAAUUAUGAAUGUUAUAGGGAAAUAUUGCUCAAGUAUUUAAACUUUUACAUGUAUUUUUUUGUUGUGCUCUUGCCAAAACUACUUAUUUUGAGAGAGUUAUAUAUUUGUUGCAUAGGUCAUUUGCUAUUUCCUGGGAACCAGGUAAAUUUUAUGAAUUGUUAGAUUUUUUUUUUUUUUUGCUUCUGUGUUUUGGUUGAAAGUGUAGUUUAUCAAUGCAGAAUAAAUUGGAUUUCAAAGGAAGUAUUUGGAAGGUUUUGGCUUUCAUUUGCCCCUCCCAGUCAAAAUAGAUUGGACGUCUUGCACCAUCAAUGGCAGAUAAACUAGGGUGUUCUCAUGAAUGUUGACUAAUCGGUUGGCAAAUAAAUUGU